AUGAACUUCGGCGCCACCUGGCGCAGCGGCCGGGCACUGAUCGAGCGCGCGCAACUGAGGGAGGUGCGACCGGGUCGCCGCCUGAACUACUUGCAGCUGGAUCCGAAGCCGGGUCAGCCAACCCUGCUGUUGGUCCACGGUAGCGCUGCCUCCUUGUCCCAGUACUUGCCCUUGGUGGAGCCACUGCAGAGCCUGGGCUACGGGAUCGUGACCUACGACUGGUACGGCUGUGGUGGAAGUGAGAAGCCGGACUCCUGGGCGGCUUACUCUUUCGACGAGCUCCUGGCAGACCUGUCGGCAGUCUGGAAGCUCGCGAAAGCGUGCGGCGCCGGGCCACAUUUCGUAGCAGGACACUCCUUCGGCACUCAUCUGGUGAUUCGCUUGAUGGCGUCCCUGGCGCCCGACGAGCUCCAGUCGGUCUCGGGUCUGGUUCUGCUCGGCGCGGCGAAGACGUUUCCCGAAGGCCAUCCGGUCUUCAACCUCCCUGUCUUUGUCCUGCGGUGGAUGCAGCAUGGGAUGACGGAUGCUUUCUUGAAGAUGGCGCUUGCCGCCUCCUGCGACCCUGAGCUGCGCAAGCAGGAGGAAGACGCCUGCAACGGCAAUCCCAUGUACAUGUGCAAGGCCUACUACAGGCAGGUGCGCAACGCCACGGAUGCAGACGUGGCGGCCUGCCAGGGCCUGCCUGCGCUGGUGGUGCGAGGUGCCGAAGACGGUCUUGUCUCCGCCGAGGAUUCGAAGGCCAUCGUUGAGGCACUGCCCAAGGCUCGCUUGAAGGAGGUGUCGCGUGCCGGCCACGCUCCGAUGCUGGAGGCUCCAAGUGAGGUUGCGGAGCUUGUCGUGGAGUUUGUCAACGCCGUGAUUGGAUCAUGA